CGGUUUCCCAUGUUUAUAAAACUCUUGGGCGGAUGCACUUGCUCCUUUUAUAGCCGUUAUCAAGCGUCGAUUGGGGGAUAAAUAAAUAAACAAGAUGCACCAGGCUUACAGUGUGCAUCCUAUCCUGACGAAGGGCGUUCAAAUUGAGUCCAUUGCUGCUUAUGGAAACCAUGUAAUAUUGGGCACUAAUAGCGGACAGUUAAUCAUGUACGUUAUUGAAGGUCAGAGGGACGUAGAUAUGAAGAUGUUUAACAAAAAUUUCAGCCGGAAAGCCAUCAGUCAAAUGGAGGUAGUGGCCGCAGAGAAUCUUCUGUUCGUUUUGACUGACAACCUGGUGCAGGUGUGCGACAUAAGUCGCGUGGAGAGUAACUUUGCCUUCUUGCAUAGUGCACCUAAUACGAAAGGCUGCACUUUGUUCACCAUGGAUGUGGGCUCAGAGAAAUCAACUACCGGUGACGUGGUUACACUCAUACGCCUGUGUUGCGCUAUUAGACGGAAGCUAGUGUUCUUCUAUUGGAAAACGAAUAUGAUAGACUCCUUAGCGAUAAGCAUAGAUCUGUCUGACGUACCGAAAUCCCUUUGCUGGGUGGGCCACACAGUCUGCGUAGGCUACAAAGACCAAUAUGUGAUUUACGACAUAUCUGUCAUACCGCCUAAAAAACACGAUCUGAUCCUCACCUCCUCUUCUAUCAGUAGAGAUCCCUGCACUUGUAUUAUCCGAAAUAACUUUCUGGGAAUUUCAAAGGAUAACUACUUGGUAGUCGUCGACCCGAGUCAGUACAAAGACCUCUCCAAAGAGGAGAUGCGGCCUAGUGGCAUGGAGAGCAAGAACUCACCACCCCCGAUACCGUGGUCAAGUUCCAUUUUGGGUUUAGUAUGGGAUGAACCCUACGUCAUCGGCCGCGUGAACCAAUCCAUCGAGGUUCGCAGUCUAAUGGGAAAGGAUACACUGGUGCAGAUCAUUCCCGAACUGGUAAAGACGCGUUUUCUGGUUCGGGCCAGCCAGGGAAUCAUUUUUGCAGCCGCCAUCUCGGAGCUGUGGUGCAUACGCCUUGUAGACAUACCCACACAGCGCGAGCAGCUGAUUCAACAAAGAAAGUUUCAACUAGCUAUUGAGUUAACGCAAAUUUCGGAUGAACCAACCGAGGAAAAGACAAAAAUCAUUCGUCAGAUUCAUAUGUUAAAUGCUAAGGCCCUUUUCACAAACAAAGACUUUUCAGAAGCAAUGAAGGAGUUUGAAAAGGCAUCUGUAGACCCAUACGAUGUAAUCCGAUUGUUCCCCAACCUAGUGCCGGAACCAAAACAAGGUAGUGAAAAUUACGCUGUUCCUAUGCCCAGUGUGCAGACGUUGGAGGAAACCGAUUUAGAGAAUGCCUACGAAGCUCUAAUAGAAUUUUUGAGUGCUGCCCGCCAGCGGGAAGUGGUAAAGUUGCGUGAUACGAAGAACACAUCAAAGUCUUUGCUAGAAAUUAUAGACACCACACUGCUCAAGUGCUACCUGCAAACAAAAGAUUUAAUGGUGGCUCCUAUACUACGGCUCAAUCAGUGUCACUUGGAGGAAUCGGAGAGGACACUUAAAAAGUAUAACAAGAUCUCAGAACUUAUAAUUCUCUACCAGGUAAAAGGCAAGCAUAGAGAUGCCCUUAAUUUGCUGAAAGAUCAAGCAGGUCGAGAGGGGUCAGUUCUGCAGGGUCGAGAGCGUACCAUACGAUAUCUCCAGGCGCUGGGUUCCGACCAUCUUCCACUGAUCUUCGAGUUCGCUGAUUGGGUUUUGCAGGAAAACCCUGAGGAGGGCCUUGCUAUAUUCACAGAAGAGUUAAUCGAGGUGGAAUCCCUGCCUCGCGCUAAAGUGCUAGACUUUUUGGUAAGCAAACAUAAGGCCCUGGUUAUUCCAUACCUAGAGCACCUGAUCGCAGUAUGGAAUGAUGAGAACACCCUGCGCCACAACGUUCUGAUCAAACAGUAUUUCGGAAAAAUACAAAAAAUGUUGACUGAAAAGGAAAAAGGGGAGGAUGUUUCUGAGCUUAAGACCUUGCGCGAGAAACUUUUUAAGAUGCUCAAAGAAUCCGAUAAAUAUUCACCCGAUCGGGUGCUAGAGGAUUUUCCUGCCAACAUUCUUCUGGAGGAAAGAGCGCUUAUUUUGGGUCGUCUUAAGCAGCACGAUAAGGUGCUGGCAAUCUUUAUCCAGGUCCUGGGAGAUGUGUGUAAAGCAACGGAAUAUGCCGAAGCCAACUACGAAGAGGACAAUGAAAUAUUUCAUAAGCUUGUUAAGUGCAUCCUAAUGCCAGCUGUAGAGCCUCUUUACGCAGGAGUUCCAUUGCAUACAGAUUUUGCCACGGUCAAUAGAGAGGUAGCAGUGAACCUGCUUAAUAAAUACGCCACCAAACUGAAUCCAUUUGACAUUGUUCCGCUUCUUCCCGAUGACAUGCCAUUGCCUCAAAUUGAGCAAUACCUCGAUAAAUCACUUCGCAGCAUGCUGGCCGAAAAGCACCAGUCGCAAAUCAUGUGUGGUUUGUUGGAAGCGGAGUCUAACCGCCUGGAAAAGGAAUUGCAAGCCAAAAAAAAUAUUAGUUUCGAAGUGAACGAGUUCACGCUGUGUUCAGACUGCGAAAAACCCUUCAAUAUUCCACGAAGAUUCGUUCGAUUUCCAAAUGGUGAUAUAGUACAUCUAUCAUGUUAUGAUCGUAUUGCUCAGGCAGCCGGUCAAAAAUAAUAUUAAUAAUUACUAUACAUUUAUUAGUAUAUAGCGAUAUGUGAUAUCAAGAUAAACUAGUUUCAAAUAAAUGAUUCUUUUAAUCCCA